GUCCCCCGUUCGCUCAUGAAACGCGAGUGUCUCGUAACACCGGCUCCUCUCCUGACCACCAUCACUCUGCGCGCGCCCGGUGACAGUACACCGUGAUGCCGUUCCACCGAUAAAACCGAAUGUUUUCUGCGUGCGUUGUAAUCCGUACCGUAUCCACGACUUUGCCACACGUACGCGAGCUCCGUAUCGUUUUUGAGGUUACUCGCGUCAGCUGGUAAACAUCGCUGUAUGCCAGCCAGCCUCGGUUUCUUACAUUCGCGACGUACGUAAACUGCGAACGUUCGUUCGUUCUUUCGUUACGUGUCAUAGUCGCGAGACAUUUUUCCUGCGGUCGUAUUGUCGCGUCCCGACCUUCGGCUUCUCUCGUUCGUGUUUUCAAAUCGAGUAUAGGUUAGGUUAGAAAUGUCUUCCCGUUCGGUGAGAACGUUACCUGUAACAGACUCAUUUUUACGCGAGAGAAACGUAAUAUAUAAACGUCAUUCGUACGCGUCGCGUGUUUGUAAAUUAAACGGAGCGACAUAGUAUCAAGAGCUGUAUGGAAUCGAUGUAUCACGGGUUGAGCGAGUCUCGGGAACCAUGACCGGAAUAUCGUUAAAUAGGGUUCGCGCUCGUUCAAUGCUCGGAUCGAACGGUCGAUAAUCGAACCCGGGGUGGAAAGUCGAUGGACCGCGAUGCGACAUUUCGUGGCACGGUGGACACACGGUCGUUCGAGACCUCUCCCGAACGACACAAUACACGCCAUUCAUGACAGCCGGUGCCAUUACCGGGAGAGUUUAACGUUUUACCCCGUUCCUAUUGCGCAGGACGAUUCCGUGGAGCGUUGACCGUGCACAGAGUGUGUCUCGUGGCGGCCGCGAGAAAGAGAGACCGAGAGAAAAGAAAAGAAAGAAAAGAAAAACGACCGCGGAAGGCUCGCGUUCGCUUCCUUCCGUUAUAAAUAAAGACCGUGGAAGACCCCUCCCCACCUCCCCUCUCAGCAGUACGGAGUCAGCCGGCUCGGGUCGGCCAUUUUUCAUACGGAGUGCCAUAAUCGUGGAAAAAGCACAAACACCAAUAGGGGAGAAAUACCUUCCAAUCAUCGAGUCCGGCUCCACUGGAAUUUUCAAACGUGAUACGGAAAUCCUGCCAUCUUGGAAUACCUGUUGUACCUUUUUCUAUAUCUAGCUGUAACCAAUUAUACGUCUAGAGCAACUAGUAAUAACAAUAAGAAUAAUAAUAAUAAUAAUAAUAAUAAUAAUAAUAAUAAGAAGAAGAAGAAGAAGAGAAAGUUGUGCAAGUGACAAUCGAAGUCGAAGUCGCCGCGAAGAGGAGCGUGUGACAAUCAAACGAAUCAAAGCGCGAGAAGAGGGGUUUAACGUCGAUCGAGUCGAGGGCGGCGAAGAUUCAAACGACGAAAAUAAAGUGAAACCGAUCGUCGGAGCGCCUGGUGACGUACGCAGCGGUAGCCGCUGCCAGAAGCAGCGCACAGCGGAGCUCGUAAAUUUUCCUCGGCGAUCUCGAACGCACUAAACGCCGAGCCGCCGUGGAGCUGCCGCGAAGUAACAAGCGACGCGAGCCGACCUCUCGACCGGGCAGCCGUCAGGAUGUUUCAGCUGGCCAGCAGCCGGUAGCUCCGUUGCCGGGCCUGGUCGCGAUUCGCAGCCCCUGGAGGCGGACGAAGCGCGGCCGUUUCAAAACGAUGUCCAUACGCGUCAGCGGCGUCUACCUGGUGCCCAGCCCGGCGGCUAACAACGAGCCCGGCAACGAGAAACCGAGCAACCUCUCCGUGGAGAACAGUCUGCAUCAGCAGCAGCAGCAACAGCACCAUCAUCAUCAUCAUCAUCAUCAUCACGCGGCCAAGACCGUGACGAUCGUCGCCGGGCCACAGAGGAGCAACAGCCUGGAUUACUUAAAUUUCGAGGAGAAACGGCAGAUCAUCGCCUCGUCGUUGUCCCUCAGCGAUUUCUUGGCUCAUGGACCCGCGGCUGCUGCCGCCGCUGCGAAGGAGGUCGCUGCCAACACCGUUAUAGCGAAAAAGCAAAAUGGGGCGGCAUUGCGGACGAACAGUCUGGGCUCGGGGGCGAGGACACCACCUCUCGAAAGGAAAAGCAAAUUUUCGGCCCUCGGUAGACUCUUUAAACCGUGGAAAUGGAAACGGAAAAAGAAAUCGGAUAAAUUCGAAGCUGCCUCAUUGUCGCUCGAGAGGAAGAUCUCUGUACGAGCUAGCAGAGACGAGUUGGUACAGAAAGGAAUCCUGCUGCCCGUCAUAAGGUCCACGUCGUUUCCGGAAAAUGAGACGGCUGGGGACUCGCCGGACGGUCAGAAGCCUCCGACGCCGCAACAGACGCCCCAGCAACAGCAGCAACAGCAGCCGCAGCAACAGCAACCGGCUGUUGGUAGUAUCGGCACCGGUGCCAGCACCCCUGUAGUAACACCCACGUCGGCCGGUAACGUUCAGCAAUCCCAACAAUCCCAGCAACUAGCGUCGGCCACGCCGACAUCUACGACUGCCAAUUCGCAUUCUACAGGACCGCCCAGCAAUCAACCCUCGCCGCAUCCCUCGCCCCUUUAUCCGGGGAUUCCGCAGCCAGGCCAACCGAACGGCAGCACGCAAGGUAAGAUGCAAAUAUCUGUCUGUUCCAUCGAAGAACGUGAGAUACUCGAAUUCUUUUGUACGAGAGAUUUCGUGUAUGUGUAUGUGUGUGGAUCAUUUCUUUUUUGAAGGGGGGUGGGGGUG